GUACUUACUGAACAACCACCAAAACACUUUGAACGUGUUAUAUUUUGCGUGUGAAAGAUACGCCUUUCAGACUUGUGGAACUUACUCUUCACUAACUUUCCACUUUCGGUUGCACAGGAAUAGAUGACAGCAGCACAGUUUCAGAACACCUUCCUGGAUGAGGAAGAAUGAAUGAAUCAACAAAUGCUCCAUUUUCCCUUCAACCCCGCGGCUCUCUCCAAGUAACCAUGGAAAUCCUCGUCACGUGUUCUCUAAUGGUACUUGGAGCUUGUGGAAAUACAUUAGUGUUUAUCGCAGUCUGGAAAGAGAAAUCGCUGAGGACAACACCAAACGUGUUUGUGGUAAACCUAGCAGUAACGGAUUUCCUGUUCUGUGUGGUAGUCCUGCCGCUGACCAGUGCAACAUUCAUACAAGGCGAAUGGAAAUUGGGCUUACAUGGGUGCAACCUACAGGCGCUUAUGUUUAGUACAAACGUAAACGCAACACUUGUAACUAUGACAACAAUAAGUAUUAAUCGCUUCAUCCUGAUACGCCACAGGAUUAAGUACAAAACUGUUUACACAAAGAGAAAUGUUACCUUCAUGAUAUUCGGAAUUUGGUGUUACGCCAUUUUGGUGGCAUCUCGACCGUUUUAUGGCCUGGGUGAGUACGUGUUCAACCCAAACAAUGCUUUUUGUUCUAUUGAUAAGAAUCCUGACAGCGCCAGCAGAAUAUCACGGUUUGUGGCUUAUUUCACGUUAUACGCAAAUAUAAUUAUUGUUAUGCGAUGCUAUGUUGGAAUAUAUCGAACAGUACGACAGCACAGAAGGCAGAUAAAGAGCAAUCAAGAAAGCGACAACACAGGGCACAGUAGCGAAAACCGGGGACUUCGCAAAGAAGUCGGAGAAGACGUACGUAUUGCAAAAACGCUUUUCGUCGUUAUUUGUUUAUUUGGAAUUUGCUGGUUUCCAACUGCCGUGACAGGUAUUGUUGUUGUCUUUGGUACCACGAUUCCUGGCCUAGUACAAGAGAUGUUGAUGCUUACAGUUUGUCUAGCUUCAGUAGUUAAUCCUAUGGUAUACGCUGCAAGAAACAGGCGGUUUCGACGAACUUUUAGGAGAAUAAUUGAGUUGCAGUUUUCCACAGUUGCUGAUCGUCCGGCUUUAAGAAUCUCGGUUCGUCCUGAACGUGCUCAAACAACGCUAUAAUAUGUCUCUGAGCCAGUAUCAGAAUAAUUCUACGGAGGUGUUGUUCUUCAAAGCAGAUGUCCUGCGAAUUCUGGUCGCCACGCACUUUGGAUGCUCCUUUGACUCACUGUUUGUUGUAAAUUCAAAUACUCAGCUGGGCAAGCAUUGGUGAAUUUUUGUGUUAUUUAAAGCAAAGAAGGUCAAAGAAAGACACCAAGAUAUUUGGCCCCGUUUAACACAACUUACAAACUAUUCAAAAUGUACCAAUUCGUUUUUAUUCCCUCCUGCCUGAUUUGUAAUUGUUUUUAUUCUACUCGGAUUACGUAUUUGCGGUCCUGGCAUUUUCAAAACUCCUCAGCCAUAACGCCGUACCUAUUGAAAGACAGAGCAUACAAAACCUGAAUAUAUAUUUCUAUUGUGGUUAUGUAAACUUGCUGUAGACCACAAUGUAAAUGAGGUUGUAUCGACAGGUUUCGUAAGACCUCGAUGGUAUCCGAGAACUGCCACUAUUUGUACACUAUUUGCAUGAUCCGGCUCGAGGGAAACCCUGUUAGUGCUAAAUCACCCGCAAUCAAUGUUAAAUACGGGAGUUCUCUUUGUGAAAGGUGAGAAAUGUAAUCUAGGCAGUCUAGUUGGACUCUCUUGUGUAGGAAACAUUCUUUAUGAGGACGCUGAGGACAUUUCUGACCUUCAUAGCAAGAUUAAAGUAAUCUAAUUGCUAUUAAGUUUCAAAUAAGUGAAAAUUAAGUGUGGCACAUCCCAAAAAACGUUCAUAUGGCCAUUUUAAGGGUAUUACGACGUAACUUGGAUUGUUUCCAACACGUCACAGUGUACAUGGCCCGGAAUUUCGCAAGCUUAAUGUACGACAAAUAAUCCUUUUCCUCCUGUUUUAGUAGAAUAGAAAGUCCAAUAGCAACCAAAAUGUACUGACCGCUCAGAAAUUAUGUGUAGCUUCCUAUGACUUUCUUUUCAGAGUAUUUUUAAAAACCGCAUAGUAAUUAUACGGGUCUUCAAAAUACGCUUUUAUUGGUGCCUUAGGCUCCGUCCUCACUACGCCGGAUAAAUCUGAAAAGGGCAACUUUAUUUCUUCAGUUAGGCCUACCGUUCGGGCUAAAGAGCCGAGCUUUUCGAAAAG